CACUCUCAUCAACCAGUCUUCCUACUCCCACUCUCUCUCUCUCUCUGCGUGCAAAAUCAGCAGUCCGGCGACUUCUCCGAUCAGGUUCCGGCGAAUCCAUAUGGCAACACUAUGAAUGAGGAACCACCUCCGGCGAUUCUCAUGUCGCUUUCUUGCAUCUCCGACUACGACCUCCUCUGCCGCGAGGAUACCUCCGGAAUCCUUUCGGUAGAGUCGCCGGAAUGCUCCUCCGACCUCGAUUCCUCUCUGCUUUCGUCGUCGUCUUCCUCCUCAUCGACGGAGGAGUCCAUCGCUUGUUUCAUCGAGCACGAACGCAACUUCGUUCCCGGUUUCAACUACUUGUCAAGAUUCCAAUCUCGCUCUCUAGACGUCAACGCCAGAGAAGAAUCCGUUGCAUGGAUUCUCAAGGUACACGCGUACUACGGCUUUCGGCCACUGACGGCGUACCUUUCCGUCAAUUAUAUGGAUCGGUUCUUGGAUUCUGGCCGGUUGCCGCAAACAAAUGGGUGGCCUCUGCAACUUCUAUCUGUUACAUGUUUGUCUUUAGCUGCAAAGAUGGAGGAACCUCUGGUUCCGUCUCUCUUGGACCUUCAGGUAGAAGGUGCCAAAUACAUAUUUGAAUCUAGAACGAUUGGUAGGAUGGAGCUACUUGUUCUGGCUGUCUUGGAUUGGAGGCUAAGAUCAGUCACCCCACUUAGCUUCCUCGGUUUCUUUGCGUGCAAGCUAGAUUCAACUGGUACUUUUACUGGAUUCCUCAUUUCACGGGCUACAGAAAUCAUCUUAUCUAAUAUCCAAGAGGCUAGCUUUCUUGCUUACAGGCCAUCAUGCAUUGCUGCAGCAGCCAUACUCUCUGCAGCCAAUGAGAUUCCUAAUUGGUCUCUCGCUAAGCCUGAGCAUGCUGAGUCAUGGUGCGAGGGCCUAAGAAAAGAAAAAAUCAUAGGGUGCUACCAGUUGAUGCAAGAACUUGUGAUAAACAAUAACCGCAGCAGGAAGCCCUCUAAAGUGUUGCCACAGUUGCGAGUAACAACUCUGAACCGAAUAAGGUCAAGUGUCUCAUCAUCCCCAUCGUCCUCCUCUUCAUCCUCCUUCUCAUCCUCUUAUAAAAGGAGGAAAUUAAAUAACUGUUUGUGGGCAGAUGAUGACAAAGGAAACUCCGAGUGAAGAGAAAAGGAACAUAAAUAAUAAAGGCAGGAGGUAAAAAAAAAAGUAGUCAAGCUGUCUAGAAACCUCAACAUUUUUUAGAGGGUUUUUGUGAUUAAAAAUUGACUUGAGUGAGGGCGUAGAUUAUUUAGUAUAUAUACUGUAUGAAUGAGAUUUUGAUGGGUUUGGAGAAAUUAUAAUUAUUGAUAUUUAUUUUUUGUUGAUGGGUAUUGCCAUUCAUUAAUGGCUUUGCGGAUUCCUAGGGGAGGGGGAUCUUGUAAACAUAAAUGUAUUGCUGUGCAAAAGUAAGUGAGAGAAGGGAAAUAUUGAAAUAGAGAUGGAUGCAUUUAAUGUGUUUGGUCUUGUAAGUGUGGAAAAGAGAAAGAAGUUGAGCUGGGGUUUCAAAGGUUGCAUUGAUUAUAGGGGAAAGAGAUCAAAGAUGGUGGGGCAGUGCUCUCUAGAGGUAGGGAAGAAAAGCAGAGAGGUUUAAAAAACUAGGGGAUUGAAACUAUUUCUGAGCCGUUCAUGUCAUGGGAUUUACAAGUCAAGCUUUCUCAUCUUGGCCACUAUUUCUUCAACUUGCGCGUUCCUUUGAUGGGAUACCCUCAACAAUAAAAAAGGAACAGAAGGAUAAUAAGCAGAAGAUGGUUUCAUUUUGUGGACUUUUCUUAUGGCAUGUGUGCAGAUGGUGCUGGUGCGUGCCCAUCACGUGCGUAUCAGUGAAUGUGUGAAUUUUUUUUUUCCUUUCGGCUUUUCGGGGUGGGAGCUGUUUAUUUUUUUAUUUUGUUUUCCUCUUUGGCCGCGCAGUUUGGCCUAACUAAACAGGACUCCAAUGCCUGGUGUCCACGCGUGUAAUGGAAACACGUGUAUAUAGUUUUAAACUCUGAAUUUUUUGAUUUGUUUUUAAGGGGGGGGAGAACCCUCUUUACAUAGUGGCCUAAUUGGUCUUUGGGGCCUUUUCCUGUGUGAUGUGUAUUGAAUUCAUUAAUAUUAAUUUCAUAGA